GCUCAACCUUACCUUUACUGCGCAAAAGAUGGCGACUCCGACCAUAACUCCUAAAACUUCCACAUCAUCAGUGGAGCUGACUGGUUCAGGUAUGACCCCAUCAAUUCACUGUACUCAAUUGACUGACAACGUUGGCGGUAGCAAAGCUCCAAGAUGUGACCAGGCUCAUGAAUGAGCUGAAGGAGGACCUGCAAGAGAUCAAGCUUCUACCACACCGUAUGCUGAUUACCUGUGAUCGCAACAUCUACUUGAGAAGCUAUCUAAUGAAGAAAAUAGAGCGCGACGCAUAUCUUGAGCAAGUCAAAGUCUAUGGCAGAGACCCCACCAACGCUGAUCCCAUAUUCAUGAAAGAGGUAGGCUGGAGCUUCAGCAAGAGAACUUGACCUUUGACUGAUGCUUGAUAGGGCAUAGAAACUCUGACUCGACAUGCCUUCAAUAGCCCCUCCCUCACAACCUCUCGAAAUGCCCUCCGAUGCCUUGCGAAUGCCAUGCUACUCAAGCCUGAAACCAGACAAAUGCUUGUGGACUUGGGGUACAUGUCGAAGGCUUGCGGGAAGCUGAAGAAUGAUAACAGAGAUGAUGAAUUUUUGGUCUCGCGAAUCAUCUUCAUCACUACCUACGGUACCACGAUCGAUAUCGCAAAACUCAUCGAUGAGGACCAGCUCGCGGAGUACGUUUGUCAAAAUAUUGCCAGGCAAGCAAAGACAAUUGUGAAGCCAAAAAAGCCUGCGGACCCGAUGCAAGAUAUGGCUCUGGUGGAAUCGCUCAAGUUACUCUUCAACCUUACACACUUUUGCCCCCAACGGAAGGUAGCUUUCUCCCAUGCUCUCCAACAUAUCCUUGUCCUCAUAAGCAAGGUCCCCAUUUCUUUAAGCAAGCCUAUGGACCCUCCUGUUGCUCAGCUUGUCAAUGCACUCAUCAACCUCGACCUGAAAAACAAAGACAACAUUUCGACACUUUUCCCCAAGGCUACCCCAAAUAUUUUUCUGGAUUGUUUGGUCGACAUGCUAGAGAAAUCAACAAAGGUCUACUCAGACAGCGAAAUAGAACAAUUGGUCUCACCCCUUCUCACGUUGCUUCGAGUAAUGUAUGAAGUUGCGCCGGAAGAAGUAAAGGUACAAAUGCGCAAAGUUAUACUCCCGUCAAAUACAGACCGUGACCAACCGCUGGGGAGAGCGGAAACCGUGCCAUCGCGAUUGCUACAUCUCUCCACCAACCCUAUAAUCCCACAAACUCGCGAAGCAGCCUCAAGUCUACUUUUCGAACUGAGCGACAAGGAUGCGUCAAAGUUUGUCCAAAACGUGGGUUAUGGAUUUGCCUCUGGGUUCCUGUUCUCACAUAAUGUUCCUCUUCCGGCCAAUACUUUGGAGGCGGGUAGUACGAGUAGCAACGAGAGAGCCAGUCAGGAUAGCCAAAAUCUGGAUGGGAGAAUUAAUCCGAUCACAGGACAAUUCCUUGAUAAGGAGGAGAAGGUUGAGAUUGACAUGACCGAUGAAGAGAAGGAGCGAGAGGCGGAGAGAUUAUUUGUUCUUUUCGAAAGGUUGGUUUCUUUCUUCUUUCUCAUUACCAUAUCUUGCUCUUGAAUGUCCUAACUAUUCAUAGAUUGAAGAAAACUGGGAUCGUAGAUAUCCAAAAUCCUGUGGCACAAGCGUUCCAAGAGGGCCGAUUUGAGGAACUGCCAGAUGAUGCUGAGUCUGAUUAAUUCUUGCAUACAUAUUUCCGCCUGACAAUCUUCUUUUCUGGGAACGGCUGGGAUGGACUUGGACUAUUUCAAUGUAGCGAGCGAGCGAGUUGAUACCCCACCUUCGUUUGAUACCGUUGGCACUCUUUCUCCGUUCUCGCAUCAUGGGUAUAUCUGGCGUCUGUCUCAAGGGAGGAAAAAUUUCACUGCCUGGGUUACCAGUUUGUAUUGGCGUUUGUUUCUCAAGAUACCAAUUUUUCUGUUUGUCUUGAUGCUUCUAGCAGAUACAUAGGUGCGGGGGAUGUAGCAUAUGAAUCUACGGAUAUUUUCAUUUUUCAA